UGCAACUACUAUUAUCUGCAACCGUUGUAGUUUGAAUAUUAAUAUUAUAGGCGGAGCUAUGGGCGGCCAUUGAAAAGCAGACGACAGGAUAGUCGUGCAGAGAGUAGCAAGGCGAGAGGCAGCAGACAUCACGCAACCGCAAAUCGGCAGACGAAAGGACAUUUUGAUGAGAAAUAUUGUAAGGAAUUCCUCCGUUUAUCUUUUACAGUUUGGGGAGAAAAAAGCGAGUAAAAAAGGCAAGAAAAAAAAAGAGCAUUCUUUUUUCGAGUGAAAAGUGAGAGCUGGGGUGAAAAUUGCGUGUUUUCUCCCCUCGCUUGAUUCCGUUGCAAAGGUGAAGGUCGUCUGGUGCUGAGGAUGCGGGGCCUAAAGAUGGCGGAAUUACAGUUUGAGGCUCCUUUGGCCACAUUUGAAAGUGAGGAAUGGAAUGAUUUUAACGAUUUUCAAACAGUUACAGAGGUAGAAAAUUCUAACAAGAACCCUAAGCCUUCGAAAGGAACAAAUGAAAAAAAUGACAAUAAUUUAGUGGCUGAGAAUCACUUCGGCGAAACUGUGUCAGGAUCACUCGAAGACUUGGUUAAUACAUUCGAUGAAAAAAUUACGAAAUGCUUUUGUAAUUUCGAAGAAAAAGUUGAGAAAUUCGCCCCUGUUCAAAUUCGAACACAAGAGGAAAUUAUGAAUGAUUGCCAAAUGUGGUGGACAAUUACAGGAAACUUUGGUAACUUACUUCCAAUAGAUUGGUCUAAAUCAUAUGCAAGGCAACUGCAUACAAGAGCCUUAAAUCUUUCAGAAAAGAAAGUAAAAAAAUAUUCUUGUAUAUUUUCAGAGAUGAAAAGCAUGUCAACGGCAGCUCUGAAUGAGUUACUUGCCCAAUUUGAGCUGACCAUAAAAGAGCUAUCAGAAACUCUAGUCACUGAACUAGCCUUACGUGAUGAGCUUGAAUAUGACAAGGAACUCAAGAAUCAGUUCAUCUCUCUACUGCUGACUCUUCAGAAAAAAAGACGUGAAAACAAUGUUGACAAAAAGAAGAAAAGAGUAAAAGUUAAUAAUGCAUUGGCAGAAGGUGCUGGAACAUAUCUAACUACAGUUAUUCCUUAUCACCCCUUCCUUGGACCACCGGCCUCUGAACAGCUCCAAAUUUAUAUUAAAAUUUUGCAGGCAAUCAAUGAAGACAGUAGCCAAGUACCAACAUUGUUGACUGACUACAUCUUGAAAGUUCUGUGCCCUACGUAGGGCAAUUGUGUUUGGCCUGCAUCACCCACUUGACAGCAAGGAGAAAAGGCUGUGUGCAUUGUUGUCAGCAGCUUCAGAAUGCCUCCUGUUUUAGUACUGCAACUGUUUGAACUGCGUCACCUCUUUUCCUUUUGUCUUUGUCGUCAUUUUUGCUGAUUUCUAUCUUAUGCUAUUCUCCUCUCUGGCCAGACUCAACAUUUACAGCCUAUUUAGCAACAAAUUUCUAUUUUGGCAUUCAUAUCCUGAUAUGCAAUUGAAGUGGGAGAUUUGUUUAGAACAAUCUACUAAAUUUGAUUAUUUAAAAACACAAUGGUGAUAAUAAUGAUAAUAGUAAGAACAACAAGCAUGCAAUAUUUUUUUUCUAUCUCUACCAUAACUGUAUAGCAGAGUUCACUUUAUAUGCCUGUAUUUUUGAAAUGAGUUAUUGCUUAAGUGAUAUGCAUUGUGCAGACCAGUAUCAUCAUCUUUUGUUUUAUUAUCUAUAUUACAUUUUUUUUAAUUGAAUAUAAUGUUGAUAUAAACACAGAUGAUGACUUUAUCUGAUCAAUGUACACUACUCUAGAUUUCAAUUUGUGGAUUUUGUUUAAAAUUGACUCUGCAUUUCAAUGGAUGAGGUGCUGCAAAGUUGCUGAUGUUAUAAACAGAAGCAAAUUUGCUAACAUUUGGAAUUGUUUAUUCCCUUCUUUUAACAUAUAUGUAUACUAUGUAAUCAAAAACAGCAGAAAAUUCUUUCUUCCAGUUAGAACACCCACCUAAAUUUAUUUUGGGAAAUUGAAGGUAGUUUUGAUUGUAAUGAUUAGUGAAAUGCAUAAACAAUUCUAUUUAUUUAUUACAGUUAAAAUAAGUUAACUGCUGUUGUCUCACUUCUUACAAGAUUAUCUUCGAUAUUUUAUGUUGCUAUAUUUCUGAAAAAAAGAAAACAUUAAUUUUUUUUCUCACUCCCUUUUUCUUCAGGGCCUUUUCAUUUGCUAUUUCUAUAUGUUCAUGUUGCAUUGCCUUGUCGGGAUUUCCAACCUGCCAGACUGGCACAUUCUGUAUAUUAUUCUCUAAUGUCAUACAUUUUGUAUGGUUUUAGAUUUUCCCUAUCAUUUUCGUGCAAUUUAUGCUUACUUCUCCUCUCAACUACAUCAGUCUGACUAAUAUUUUUUGUACAACUAUAUCUAUUCAUCUUUUUCCAGUAAAGACAUUCAAAAUAUUUUAAGUGAACAAGUUAGGACUGUGCCUGUCAACCAAAAUAUACAGAUUUAUAUAGGAAGAAAAAAAAUUAUUUAUCCACAACAGUUCUUUAUCAUUUAUAUGUUUCCUGAAUUCUUUGUACUUUUUUAUUAUCUAAGGACAUUGAAAAAGUCACCUAAGUGUGCUUGCCUUGUAUAACUCAUAGCUGGUAUGUUAUCUUGCUAUUAGAAAGCAAGUAACUACCAAUGCAUCAAAAAACUCACCAUAGAAUAGCCAUCUGUGUACAACAGAGCAUAAAAUAAAGGCUCUCUAGUCCAAGGAUGUCAAUUUAGUUUUUUAAUCGUGCUUACAUUACAUUUUAUUUAACAGGGAAAGAGCUGAUUUUUUAAACUGCUUUGUUUCGUUUAGUUUUUGUUAACAGAAAAUAACUUAUUUUUCCUAAUAACUUUUUAUUCUAUAUUUUCACUACAUUUUAGCAAAUUUAUUUGCAUAUAUUUAUGAUAAAUUAAGAUGACCUAAUAACAUGGAGAACUGUUAAUCUAUAUUGUAAAUAACAUCCUGCCAGCUUUUAAUUCAGUGACUGAAAGAACUUUUCCUACAUAGUCUUGUUCUCUUUCCAGUAACCAAGUUUGACCAUUUAACAAAAUUUUUGAAUAAGCAGUGAAAUCUAAAAAGUAAUUUAAUCUCACUUUGGUAUUGUCACUCUAGUUGCAGAGCUGGCAUCUUUCAUUGCUAUUACAAAACCUUGAGACAUCAGCUCAGUAUCAAACCCUCUAGCAUUUGAAUAAAAGUAACCUGUCUGUUAGUUAUUUUAUUGGCCAAAGUGGAUAUAAGAUAGACAAUUUAUAUGCAUAUAUGUUAUAUUUCUAAGAAUAAUCACCAAAAAUUAAAGUCAAAAUUACAUAUAGUAUUAGGCAGUAAUGUUUACAGUUUAGUCAAAUUAAGAAUAUGGAUAACAUGACAGCUUAAAAUAUUCAAUAAGAAAGGGAUUUACUUUUCAAACAAGUCUUAACCCAUUUGAUACCAACCAACCUGAGACUGCCUAUGGUUCUAUAAUGCAAACUUUUGUUUUAAAGUGAUCUAAAUCAAAACCUUCCUGUUAUUUAAGUUCCAAACACCAUCUUAAUGAUGAGUUAUUUUAUUAAAUUCUUCAAUAUUUUCAAAAUUAACUGAAACAAAAGCAGUUUAUUUCAAAAGAAAUAUUGUAACAAAAGGGUUAAUUCAUAUCAUCUUUUAAUUGGCUUUUUUAUUAAUUGCAGUGACAUCCAUUUUGGUUGAGUCUAUAUUUUCAUGUGCAGUGCUACUCUUGAUGAACAUUGCAUGCUUGUAACUUAUGGUUGUUUCAAUAAAUCUUACACAGCUUCUCAUGUUUUUUCCUUCCUUA